UUUCCAUAUCCACUAGCAGCCCCCACUGGUCACUGUGGUAACACGGCUCCUGUAACUACACGGUUUCUGUUCAAUCAUUACACGUAUUCACGGGGAAACCCAGCGCGGCCAGAAUGCCUUUGGCCAAAGAUCUUCUCCACCCGUCAGUUGACCAUGAGAGAAGAAAACAUAAAAAGAAACGACUUGUUCAGAGUCCAAACUCGUACUUCAUGGAUGUGAAAUGCCCAGGCUGCUAUAAGAUCACCACUGUGUUCAGCCAUGCGCAGACAGUGGUACUGUGCGUGGGAUGUUCCACUGUGUUAUGUCAGCCGAAAGGAGGGAAGGCCAGAUUGACAGAAGGUUGCUCCUUCAGGAGGAAGCAACAUUGAAGGGAUUUCCAACAAUGCCUCCAAUGAAAUCAUUAAUACACCAUUUUUCAUUGAUUAUGAUUAAAUAAUGGCAAGUUAUAAAAUAUCUUAAGAUACAUAAAGUACAUGAUACCAACUAUAAAAGAUGUCUUACUUUCUAGUGAAAAUUUUGUAAUGUAAAAUAUACUUAAUAAAGAAAAUCGUCA